GUACUCUAACUGAUAUAUUCGCUUAUCCAAAACUAACAAAUUGAAACCAAUGAAAAGUAGUCUGGCGAUGAUGCACACACACAUAUGCUAACACAUUACACAUAGUGAAGGUGAAGAAGAAUGACAAGACUGUGUAUGUGUUCAUCAUCAGAGUACAUGUUAUCAUCAUCAUCAUCCAUGAUCAGGAAUUACAACAAGAUUCCUUCAUUUUCUGCCAAACCAUUUUUUCAAGAUCCUUGUAAUCUUUCCUUUCUUCACACUUGCCUUUCCUCGAGGCAACAUUGCAUCAAAGUACAUGAUAGACGGUUCAGACAAUUUCAGCAUUCCAGAUCCCAUUUGAAUGUACUUCGUUAUGAUCAUGACAAUGUAACAAAACUCACCCGCAAUGUGGAGGAUAUGGAAUGCAGUACUUCGAACAAACCACAUUCAACAGAUAAUCUGGCACCGCUGACUUUUAAUAAUUUAUCUCUUGAUACGUCAUGGAACAACUACCUAAAAUUUAUCUUCUCGUUUGGGAUCUUAACGCUUCAAGAUGUUCCAAACGCCUUUGCUGGUUCAGAUGUUUCCAGUCUCAUGCAGUCUAGCUCAUUUUUUGGGGAUCUCAAUGAUUUAAGCACAGGUUUUGCUUCAGCAUUCUUGUUGAUAUUUUUCUCUGAACUUGGGGACAAAACCUUCUUCAUUGCGGCACUUCUGGCAGCCCGAAACUCUGCUGCAGUUGUCUUCCUGGGAACUUUUGGUGCACUUGGGGUAAUGACUUUCAUAUCUGUUGUUCUUGGACGAACUUUUCACUAUGUAGAUGAAGUCCUACCCUUCAGAUUUGGUGAUAUGGACCUGCCAAUUGAUGAUAUUGCUGCAGCAUUGCUUCUGGUCUAUUUUGGUGUUUCGACUUUGCUUGAUGCCUCUUCUGGUGAUGGUCUUAAAGCAGAAGAAGAACAAAAGGAGGCUGAGAUCGCUGUGUCUGAAGUUUUGGGCAACGGAGCUGGGAUUUUGGCUGCAGCUGGCACAAUUGUUAGCACUUUCCUUUUAGUCUUUGUAGCUGAAUGGGGUGAUAAAUCAUUUUUCUCCACAAUUGCUCUUGCUGCAGCCUCUUCACCUCUUGGAGUCAUUGGAGGGGCGCUAGCUGGUCAUGGACUUGCAACUCUGCUGGCUGUGCUUGGAGGCUCAUUACUCGGAACUUUCUUGUCUGAAAAGGUUAUUGCAUACGUUGGAGGUGUUCUUUUCCUAGUGUUUGCCGCGGUUACUGUCGUUGAGAUUGUGAGUUAGACCAGUUCCUUUUUCCUUCUGAUAAACAUUUCAUUUUUUUGUAACUCGGUUGCUUCAUUAUGAGACUGUUACACGGUUAGGGGCUUUAGAGAUUACGUUCUGAAUGGCUCCUCCAUAUUUGUAUUUUUUGGGGGGGAAUUAACACAAGUGUUCAGAUGUCUAAUUAUGUAAAAUCCUAAGGAGUGACUUAUAUAUAUGGCAGCCCUUCAAGGUUUUAGGCUCA